AUGAUUGAAAAAACUCGAAAAAUUGUCCAUGAAACACCAACAAAAAUAGAGGAAGUGACGCUAGUUUUCAAUGUAUCGGAGGCAGAGAAAGCCUCUACCACCACCACGGAGAAAGAAGCACCACCACAUCGUGAGCCAAAGCCAGAGAAACCUGCCUCCGUGGAAGAAGUAGUCGAGGUCGAGAAGGAAAAAGAAGAAGAGAAGAUCACCGAAUCGGCUUCGUUCAAAGAAGCAAGAAGCUUAGUUGGUGAACUUCCUGACCCUAAAAAGAAGGCCUUGAAUGAACUCAAAGAGCAGGUUCAGGAGCAAGUUCCUACAAUACCAUUUGAGAUCAACAUCUCCACAAUACCCCAAAGGUGUUCGACAAAAUGCCCUGAAGAAAAUCCCAGAUUUAUGUGCCCCAUGAAGUACAUGAUAACGAAUGAUAAAGCAGAAAUAGGGCAAGAAAAAUUAACAGCAGUGAAAAAAUCAAGUAAAUUCCAGGAGGAUGAAUAG